CAGGUUGCUUGACAACUCUAACGGUCAAUUUUGAUAACAUUAACGCUAUAGCUUGUUAUUGUUAGUGAUUUUCAGCUGUUACUGAAGAUGAAUGUGUUAUGUGUUAGCUAGCCACCUACUAUCUAGUUAGUGCUAGAGAGUAAUUGUUACAUUCAGUCUCCUUUGUUUUCUCCCAUCUUUGUACACGUCUUUUUUAGCUGGUAUGGAAAUGGUUGAUGCAACUCCUGUCACCUUGAUCAACCCCACCUACUUCCCUGGCAAGUUGUGGCGUUUGGUGAACGAUCCACAGAUUCACUCAGUCUGUUGGGACGCCAGCGGGGAAGGUAUACUUGUCCACCAACAACCGUUUGAAGCUGAAGUGCUAUCGUCCCAAACCAGCCAGGUGACCGAGUACUUCAGAACGAAGGACUUCAUCAGUUUCGUUCGCCAGCUGAACCUGUACGGCUUCAGGAAAGAACGUACCGUCCGUGACAUCUCAGAGAAGCAAAUAAACAUCUUUCCCAUCCAGGCCCAGCUGCACCGCUUUUACAACCCGUAUUUCAAACGGGAUAAGCCUGAGCUUCUGCUCAAAAUACAGCGACGCACGCCUGUCAACAAGGCCAAGCUCGCCGGGAUGAAGGUCACCAGCCAGAAGCCAAAAGUUUUCCAUCAUGGGAUGCUGAAUUGGACACAGGAAUCCUCUGCCUUAAUGAAAACAGGUCCAGUCUUGCUUGGAGGUCAGGGAACCCCUUACCACCAUCCCUGUAAUGGCCCUCAGCAGGAGAAGUGGAGCGACACACCUCAUCACUCACAGUACGGGUUUUACGCACCAGUGUAUCAGCGCUGUAGCCCAGACUUCAUGGAUUCAACAGUGCCGUGCUUUCAACAACCAGCUGCUUCCUACUCUCCGUGUGACUAUUACCCUGGCUACUCAGCCGGAUACGCUCAUCCGAUCGAUCAGUAUCCAUACUUGGAAGCAGGUGAUGUUCCAGAGUGUAGGACGAGUGACCAGGACAAAGAGAAAGAGGAACUGGACGCUAUAUUAGAGCUGGCGUUGGACUUGCAGGAUGAAGUUGAUGCCCGGAGGUUGCUGCAGCAAUCAGUCACCUGUUAAGACAGCUUGAGUGGGGAGCGCAUUUUAUUUUGAAAAUACACUGCCUCCCCUGCCCCUCUGACCGCACGGCACUGAUAUACACACACACACACACACACACACACACACACACACACACACACAUAUAUAUACACAAAUACACACCAAUAGACUACUACUGUUGUUUUUUUUUAGAAAAUAAAAUGUUUUUGUACAUCAUAAAUAAUUAAAGGAGAUUGCUAUCUGACAGUAUUAAUAGUCCAAUUGUAAACUUAUCCUUAUCUACAAAUUUAUAAUGAGUUUUUAUUUUUUAAUUUUCUCUUACUGUAAGCGAUAAUGCUAUUGUUACUGUAUGUACUCAUGCCACGUUCACAUCAUGUGGGAGAAUGGUAAAAUGUCCCAUUGUUCUGACUUGAGAGCAUUCGUGCAUUGCCAAUUUGUUUACUCAGUGUAGUUUUUGAAAUGAUUAUUAUUAUUAUCUAACAUUAGAUAACAUUCACAUACGAUUGUGUUCAUGUUAAAUAAGUGAACAUCUUCCUGCAGUUUAAUAGCCCAAAAGAGG